GUGUGCGUGUGCCUGAACACUGCAUCUGACUCUCAUAGAAAGCCCGCUCGAAACCUUUUGUACGUAUUUCAAACGUGUGACGCGUUCGUUUCAGCCUCCUUCAACCCGCGUUGCCUUCCUACAGUUCCAUUUCUUUCACCAGUAAAAUGCCCGGCCGCGACCGCAAGAUUGUCGUGAACGGUGUAGGCUGUUCGUGUGCGGACUACCUGUUCACCGGGUUUGACUUCAACUCGGAGCGCUUUCAGAAGUACGUAUCGAAGAAGCCCGGUGACGGCGGCAUCAGCAUCGGUCAUCUGAUCUUCCGCAGGGAUCUGGAGGCGUUCGCUGGGAAGUCAAUGGACGAGAUCCGGAAGGACCAGGGGUGGCUGCGCGAGAACGACCACUUCAGCGUUGGCGGGCCGUGCAUUGUCGGACUAAUCAACGCCGCGCAGCUGCUGAAGGGCGGGCUGAUCGACAACCCCGACCAGUGCGAGUUCAACUUCUACGGUGCCAUGGGCCAGGACGUGACCGGUGAUCGCAUGCUGAAGGUGAUCAACCAGUGCCCCGUCAACCUCGACCACUACCUCCGCAUGCCGAACCACCCGUCUGCCGCGACACUCGUGCUGUCCGAUCAGAAUUACAAGAACGGCAGCGGCGAGCGCUCUUUUGUCUACCACGGCGGUGCGCUGGACGCGUACACGCCCGAGAUGCUGGGCGAGGACUUCUUCAAGGCCGAUGUGACGUUCUUCAGCGGGACGGCGUCGGUGCCGCAGAUCCACGCGAACAUCACGACGCUGCUGCGUCGCGCGAAGGCGUACGGCAGCGUGACGGUGGUGGGGACCGUGUUCGACUUUUUGAAUGAAAAGCGCAACCCGCACAAGCGGUGGCCGCUGGGCGAGUCGGAUGAAUCAUACCGGCUGAUCGACCUCCUCGCGGUGGACUUCGUGGAAGCGCAGCGGAUGAGCGGGGAGGCGAACAUCGAGAAGGCAAUCGCCUUCUUAAUGAGGAGCGGGGUCCACUCCUUAUUUGUCACCAACGGCGACGAAGCCGGCUACGUGUUUUCCGACGGCAAGCUCUUCACGAAGCAGGCGUUGUCGCGGUUUAAGAUAUGCCAGAAGGCAGUGGAGCACCUGAAGGCAAACCCGCAUCUGCGCGGCGACACGACGGGGUGCGGUGACAACUUCGCUGGCGGUCUGCUCGCGUCUAUUGUUAAGCAGCUGAAUAGCGGCCGCAAGCCCGGCGAGUUGAGCCUUGCCGACGCGCUUGGGUGGGCGAACGGGAGCGGAAGCUUCUGCUGCUACAGUGUUGGUGGGACCUACCUCGAGAAGCAGCCCGGUGAGAAGCUGCGCGGUGUGCGACGCAUUCACGACCUUUACGUGGAGCAGCUUGUGGCGGAGGGUGCGGUGCAUGUGGCGAAGAUGUAG